CAUGUCAAAGAGACGCUUUCGAAGAAGAAUUUACAGAGAAAAUGGUAAGAAGUCAAAGUAAAAGCCGGGAGCGAAAGAAAAGCGGACAGGAGAGGGGACGCGAGAAGCACAGAAAGAAUUCUUCCUCAAGUAGUGACAGUGACUCAGACAGCAGCAGUUCAUCAGGCUCUAGGAGAUCCCAUUCAUCAUCUAGUGACAGCAGCUCCAGUAGUAGUGGCAGUUCGCGCAGCAGCUCUUCACGGUCCGGAAGUUCUAGUUCCAGUCGGUCAUCCUCCAGCGACAGUAGUCCACGGAGGACCAGGGUCAAACGGAAAGCAUCAGAAUCUCCUAAAAGGAAGAAGAGGAGUCCUUCUCCAGUCAAACCCACCAAAGUACAUGUUGGUCGACUGACACGCAAUGUCUCAAAAGACCACAUCAUGGAGAUAUUCAGUGUGUAUGGACAGGUGAAACAUAUAGAAAUGCCUAUUGACAGAGUCCAUGCAAGUUUCUCCAAGGGAUUUGCUUAUGUGGAGUAUGAUAACACUACAGAGGCAGAAAAGGCAAUAAAGUAUAUGAAUGGAGGUCAGAUAGACGGUCAGGAGAUAUCAGCUGCUGCAGUGUUGGCACCACGACCUGUGAGGCCUAGAAGAUCACCCCCACGCAGACCACCUCCAAGAUGGAACAGACAAUCACCUCCUCGCUACCGGGAUAGGAGAAGGUCGCCACCACAGCGCCGGAGGUCUCCUCCACGUCGAAGAUCACGGUCACCAGUUCGCAGACGUCGUUACAGUAGAUCAAGUUCAAGCUCAUCACGAUGAUAACUAUUUUGUGUAUACACUUUGAAUCUAUGACUGAGAGACUAAGCAAUGGAGAAAUGAUUGAAAAUGUGAUGGAUGAGAAAUCAUCAUUGAAGUAGCAAGCAUUCAAUCACAUAGAUUGAAACCUGUUUCAGUGUGUGAAUAAUUGAAAAUGUGAUGUGUAUGGUUUCGGUAUAAAGCAUGACAUGCAUACACUGAAAGUUUCAAAGAGAUGAUGGUAGAGUAGUGAAUAUGUGAUAAGUAGGUUGAGUAGUGAAUAUGUGAUAAGUAUGGAUCACUGUUUAUCAUUUGGUGUUAAGACUUAAUCACAAAUACCGGUACACUUGGGUGAAUAAGAAGAUGUCGGGAAGUUGCCAUUUUUAUAGCUGUUGUUCUGACACUUGAGAUCUGACAGGGUUUCAAAAUCAGGAAUUAAUGAAUUAAGGAAUGAAAUGGACUUGAACACCAAUAGUUUUGUAUUUUCUACAGCAUGUCUCUUAAGACUCUUUACUGAAACUGCAAUUUUACAUGCAAGUACUAAGGGUGACUUGGAGCAAAAUCUCUCAACAAAUAAAAGGAGUUAUUGCCCUUUGUUCCGUUUCUUGAUGGCAUGUCUUCUAUAUUGUUAUCAAAACGAACAAAUACAAUGUAUUUUAUGUGAGAUAGCAGUCUCUUGUACAGAUGGUAGGUCUUGCACUAAUACUAAAGAGAUAUAUAUUUAUGGAUGACGAAAUACUUGUCUCAUUGAAUUAUUCCAGGCAUUCCAUUUAGAUGUCAUUCAAAUCAUCAGCAAAAUUCAGAAAACUUGCUCGUUGUCAACAAAAUUAUUAGAAAUGAUAUCAACUGAUUUCAACUUACAUGCGCCAUUCUUUUAUCUUUUGUCAUUUUUAUCCUGUUUGUCUGGAUUUGUGUGGAUUUUGUUUUUAUGUGAGGGAGGAGGCAAUGUUAUUGCAUUGGUAUGAUCAGUCAAUUUGGUGUGAAAGUACUUCUAUUCAUUAUAAUGUAAUUGAAUUAAAUAAAUGAAUCACAAAUUG